AUGGCUGCUAUAACCUUAAGUGCUCUGGUUUUAUACAAACCAGUAGCAGUAUUGUCAUUGGAGGAUCGCAUAUCUGGGAACUGGUGGUUGAGCUUAGGUUCGAACAGCUCUGUGAUAGGAUACUGGCCGGGAGAACUUUUUACGACUUUAGCUGAUCACGCGGUCGUCGCAGAAUGGGGCGGAGAAAUCUUAAACUCGGCAAGUCACGGGCAACACACGAAGACUCAGAUGGGGUCCGGCCACUUUCCGGCCGAAGGAUUCAGAAACAGUAGCUAUUUCAGGAACAUUGAGAUGGUAGAUAAGAACAACAGUCUCCAGACGGUUCAAGACUACGAAAAACUGGUAACGCAGCCUGAAUGCUACGAUAUCAAGACGGCCUACACAGAUGAGUGGAAGAGUCACUUCUACUACGGAGGACCAGGGUUUAGGUCAGGUGCCGUUACUAGGGUAGUAGAUACUAGGUUAUGGAGAAUAAACCUGGAUUAUCACUGCUUGUCAAGAAUUACGGACAAUGAAUACGACGGCGCAGGAAUGGCGGCUGUUGCCGGACCAUCAGGUUUUACGGAUCUGAAAUGUGGCGGAACGACCGAACAAAGAAGACUCAAUCGGAAGAAUAGACGGUGCUUAAUGGAGCUUUUGGAGCCAUUUGGGAGAAGGAGUGUCGGAGACGUCAAGACAAAGAGCAACCGGGAUGCGAACCAGGAUCAGAACCCGUUUGUCGCCUUACAAGCUUUCUUUGACCAAGAAGAGAGUUGA